AUGUCUACCAAGUCUACUUAUCUCGUUCCUCUCGGAAAGAACGGUCCGCUGGUUCCCCAGCUGGGUUUCGGUCUCAUGGGUUUGUCCUUUGGCACUUACGGAUCCGUCCCUAGCGACGAAGAGAGAUUUGCUCUUUUGGACCAUGCCUAUGAAGUUGGAUCGACCUUUUGGGACAGCGCCGACCUCUACGGCGACUGUGAAGAGCUCAUCGGAAAGUGGUUCAAGCGCACAGGCAUGCGAGACGACAUCUUUCUCGCGACAAAGUUUGGUUUCGUCAAGGGGAGCAAGACUCUUGAGCUUAACACCUCGUACGAAUAUGCCAAACAGGCUUGUGCUGAGAGUCUGAGACUUUUGGAUGUUGACUACAUCGAUCUUUACUACGUGCAUCACCCCAACCCUGAGACGCCUAUUGAGCAGACGAUGAGAGCUUUGAAGGAACUACAAGAUGAGGGAAAAAUCAAGCACAUCGGGUUGUCAGCCGUCACUUCAACCACCCUCCGCAGAGCCAUCAAGAUUGCCCCCGUCGCCGCUGUGCAGAUCGCAUACUCGCCCUUCGAGCUCGAAGCUGAGGGGGAUGAAGGAACUAACAUUAUCCAGACGUGCCGCGAGCUCGGUGUCGCUGUGGUGGCAGCUAUGCCCCUCGGCAGAGGUCUUCUCACCACCAACUUUGUCGAGGGAACGGCAGCUGGUGACGAAAAGGACAUGAGGUGGAAGUCGAUUCCUCGCUUCGGUGAAGAGAACCGCGAGAAGAACAUGCAGAUCGUCGGUCAGUUCAAGGCCCUGGCUGACAAGAAGGGUGUCACGACGGCCCAGCUGGCCUUGGCUUGGUUGUUGAAGCAGGGUAACGAUGUCAUCCCCAUCCCCGGGACCAAGAGAGUCAAGUACUUUGACGAGAACUGGGCCUCUCUGGAUAUCGAGCUCUCUGAUGAGGAAGAGGCUGAAAUCAGGCGGUUUGUGCAGCAGGCCGAUAUUGCUGGAGGUGCCCUGCCUCCUGCGUUCAAGGACUGGGGUUUUAGAGACACCAAGGAGGAGGUCUGA